AUGCCUCUGGGCUUCGAGCUUAGAGCGAAAGGCUGUGCGGGCGCCGGCGACAUUGAGACGGAGAGAGAGAGAGAAGGGGCGGAAGAGGGUGGGAAGCCAUGGAACUCGGGAGCAAAGUGAUUAACUUUCUGGGGAAGAAGGACAACGUCGUCCACCUGUUCCUGGGGGGGGCGUUCGUGGCCCUGGGAGUGCGAUCGGCGUCUCAGCAGGGGGACAUCGACGAACUGGAGGCGGAGAAAGAGUCGCUGCGGCGGAGAAACAAGGCCAUGCAGGAGACCAUGUGGGGCUGGCGGCAGAGCCUCUUCAACCUCGCGGCGUCUGACCCUUCCAGCUUCCCCGUUCCCCUCUCCAGGCUUCGGGCUAUCUACGGCGACGAAGAUGAAUCGGAUGCGGCAACUUCCUUCGCCCCGCCCCCUUCGCAGAAUCUAGGUAUUUCUCCCUGAAACAUGCAAACACUGCGAUCUGUGGUGAUCUAGCGCCUGUGGAAUCUACUCCACAAUACCUGUCAAGGCCUCCUCCUCACACAGUCCAAUCGGAAGGGGGGAGGGGGGAGAUCUCCUUUCCCUCUGGCUCCUCGAGCUACAUCUGGCGUCGCCCUCGUCGCCAUUAGCAACCCAACCCCGUGGAUCAUCUCACCCGCAUCCCGUAUGAUCCCCCCCAUGCAAUCAAUUCUUGUCGCAUCAGCUGCUACAGCUUUGUCACUGCAUAUUUGAUUGCACUCGGUAGGGGGCAACAGAAUGGGAGACCAUAUAUCGUAGAACGGCAGCAUCCUCCUCUCGCUUAGCUCCUGGAGCCAACCGAAGAUCCCAUCCGCUCACCGUUCUCGAGUAGGAACAGCCUUCUUCUUAACCAGAGUUGAGAUCUUUCGACGGGUGUGGCAUAAUAUCCGUACAUUCAGUUCUUCCUAAACCAUCUAACCAGCGUCAUUUCUCUGCAAAUCCCCCUCUUUUAUCUCGUUUCUAGUACUAUGAUCUUCAUAUCUUCUUAUGAUCUGGGAUGAACCCGCCUUCCUUACAUCUAAUUGCAGAUAUCCCCGGGGAGACUGGAGCACCGACCCCAUCGCCGGCUCCGAGGUUUACAGUCUGA